CCUUUCUCAAAAAAGGAAAAGAUCUGCAAGAUCUAAAGUUUUAAACCGUAGAAAAGUUGGCAAUGAAACUGGGUCAUUUUCUCAGAAAAAAAUUCCUAGUUCAGCUGGAAGUGGUAAAGAUUUUAUAGGAGGAGAAAACAAAAUGUUAUCCUCUCCUCAGAAGCAUGAAAGUCAGUUGCAAGGACAACAAGAGGAAGAUCAUUGGAAGGAUUCUGAAAGGUUUGGAGUAAAUGGAGACAAGUAUCAUUCAUCUACUAACCAUUCGGCCUUUUCCAAGUUGAAUUCAGUACGCCCAAAAAGGUUCCAGUGGACAGAUGACGCAGACAGGCAAUUGGUAAUCCAAUAUGUGAAAAACAUUGUGGGCCUCGGAGCAAACUUAACUGAGGAAUGCAGGCUCUCAUUCGGUAACCUUCCAGCACAUCCAAAUGCUUGUUACAGAAGAAAAAAAUUCCUAAAGCAAAAUAGAAGAUUCAAGGAAUCUUUUAGGAGUCUUUGUAAUAUGCUUAGCAAACAACAUGAGAAGCAGCUGGAACAAAUGGAGAAGAGAUCAAUGGAUGACGAUAAUUGUGGAUCAAUCAUGCCUGGUUCAUCAGGGACAGGUGCUAAGAGAAGUUUGUUUGAAGGCAUCGAAUGCAAUAAAAGCAUAGGUUGCCUAGACUUUGAUAGUUUUAGUGAGGAAAAGAUUAAUUUUUCCUUGGAAGAGGUUCUUCGGAGCAGGCAGGAGCCUUUACUGGAGGCCCCAAGAAAUGCAAAUGUCUGUGACUAUCAAUUUCCGUUAAACACUGGCAGUAACGCUGCUAAAUUUUCUAGGUGGCUUGUUGAACAUGAAAAAAAAUUUAGGAGAGGAGGACUUGAUCUCACAGUAGAUUUAAAGUGUGGAGAAACUUUUCAUUUGUUUGCCUUGAUUUAUUCGGGUGAACUGUUCAUUUCUCCUUCUAUUCCAGUUGAAGGUGUUGGAGAAGUUGAAUUUGUCAAAGGCUUAUCUGCCCAUUUUAUUGAUGACUCUUCCAUUGAUAAUCGGCGUGAAAAAGGUUUUCCAGGUAUCAAGUUAUCUGUGCAUAGAGCAUCAGUGCCAAGAGCUGUUUCUCUAGAAUCAUCAUUCAAGAACGGGGAGAAUUUUGGUGAUGAACAUUUUAUUGAUGGGUAUUAUGUAGGCAGUAAUUCUGGAACUCUUGAAGUUGGCAGCAUUUCAUCACAUUCUGAAAUUGUUAAGGAAAAUCUCAAUUUCGAGCACACUGUCCCGACACCUGGGGAUUCUUGCAAGUCACUUUGGGAACUGAUGGUUGAUCAUGCUGCACAUUUGAUGCCAUUAACUACCAGUCAAGAAUAUGUUGGUAGCUUGUCUGAGGAGGCCUUUAAAUCUGUCUACACUGCCAUCCAGAAGGCUGGCGAUCAAGGUUUGACCAUUGCAGAAGUUUCCAAAUUUAUGAAUACAUUAGGAGAAAAAAUGGCUGAACUUGUCAUUGAUGUUCUGCAAAAGUUUGGACAAGCAGAAAAGGUCAUUUUUUAUGGUUCAUUUCGUUUCAUCGCCUGAUCGACUAUGCAAGGCAACAGCAAGAGGAAAAUGCAUAAGAGAAUAAUUACUCGGGCUUUUCGUAUUGUGAUGCAAAAUCCAGGAAUACUGGAGGGUGAUAUUAUUCGCAAAAUGGACUUUCCAAUGAUAAAUUCCCAGCCCCUUAAGAAAUUAUUAAGGUUGAUGGUUCGGGGCGGACAUCUUAUUGUCAAGAAGAAGCAUCAAAGUAAACGUACCGGAGUCCCGGCAAUUUUAGGAACGAUGAUCGGCGGUAAUUCGACCAAAUGCGAACUAAUUUACCGGGAGCAUUUCUUUGCCAACCCUGAGAGUACAUUUCUUUUAUAGGAAAGCUCAUUUAGUGCUUAGCAUAUAAUAAUUUGGUGUCCAGGUUUAUCAAUACUAAUCUAACUUAUGUUGCCCGGACUUAGAUACGAGUGUUGGAUAUAGAUUUAAAUAGAUUUGGACAUUACUGACUUUUUUUAAUUUGUCCGAAUGUGUCGGACAUUGAUUUAGAUACACAUUUUUUUGUGUGAAAAUAUGGAGUCCGGGUAACAUAGGUUGCUAUUGUA